AUGAGAGGGUUCAAGAUGUGUGGUAGAGAAAUAUUGGGACUAGAUGGAUGUUUUAUGAAAGGUCCAUUUCCUGGACAGAUUCUUACUGUAGUUGAUGUUGAUGGCAACAACGGUAUAUAUCCUGUAGCAUAUGCUUUAUUGGAGGCUGAAACUUUUAAAUCUUGGGAAUGGUUUUUGGAAUUACUCAAAGAUGAUCUUGGCUUAGCAGACAGUACCAACUUCACUUUUAUCUCAGAUAGGCAAAAGGGACUACUGCCUGCAUUAUCCAAAGUGUUCCCAGACUCUGAACACAGGUUCUGUUUAAGACAUAUCCACCAGAAUCUGAAGAAGGAUUGGCCUGGUGAUGUGUACAAAAACUUGUUGUAUGGAGUAGCAUGCAAGACAUCAAUGCCAUAUUUUGAAAAGGCAAUGGAAGAAAUGAAGAUUGCAAAGCCUGGUUUCCAUGAAAAGCUAUCAAAUAUCCCAGCAAGCAGUUGGUCAAAAGCACACUUUUCAGGUAGGGCCAAAUGUGACAUAUUGUUGAAUAAUAUAUGUGAAGUGUUCAAUAGGCAGUUGAUAGGAGCCAGAGACAAACCUGUAAUCACAUGUUUAGAGUUCAUAAGAGUGUAUAUGACCAAAAGAAUUGUGAAUGUAAAGAAGAUUCAAGCUAAAGCUCAUGGUCCAUUAACUCCUUAUACUCAAGAAGUGUUUAAUAAGAUCAAAGAAGAAGCCUUACAACUCAAUGUUUUAAUGGUGGAUGGAGCUGCAGAAAGUGGGAUUUAA